AUGGAUCAAUGGGGCAUCAGUGCGAAAAUGGUCGGCUGCCCGGAGACACGACAACUGGUGGUCACACUGCUAUUGGCCCUGGCCUUGUGCCUGGUAGGCUCAAAGGAAGCAGCUCCAAGCGCGGAUGACAAGUGGAUGGCCCCGCUCAAGCAGUUUGGGUACACGGCACAGCAUCUGAAGAACAAGGUGGAGCAUGGCGAAUUCACCACCUUCGAGCUGGGCACACCCAACUACCAGAUACUCAAUCCCGAAGACGAGCCGGAAUACAUAACUGCGGAUCAGCCGCACUACCAGGCGAUGCUGAGGCGUCUUACCAGUGGCCAAAGUGGAGCCCAAACCAUUGAUGUGGAAAUGGCCAGUCGCACGGAUACAGCUCGAGAUUCUACCGAUCAGGCUCAAACCGAAAAGCCAUCCAAAACCCAAGUGACGGUUAAGCCAAAGUCACAGCCCAAACGAAAUCGCUGGGAGAAACUGAGAAAGCGCAGCUCCAUCGAAAGGAGACGUGACCACAAGGAAGCCAUGGAAGCUGACGCCAGGGAUGAGCUAAGUUUCUUCCCGGAAAUUCAGGUCUAUCCAGGCCUACCCUUCCAAAGUCGUGUGGCCAAUCUUAAUUAA